CAAACCUCUUCCUUCUUGACUCGAAACACCAAACCCCCAAAACAAAUGGCCCAGACGCACGCUAACAAGCCGAACCCUCAACUACCAACGCACGAACCAACCCGAGAGGCUAAUCCGCAAAGAAAACCGCACAUCCUUCGAUGGAUCGCCAUGUUCUUCCUAGCCCUAAUUGUCCUUGUUGGCAUAGCAGUGCUCGUAAUAUGGCUAGUUGUGAGGCCUAAACGACUCGUUUAUAGCGUGGAAGAUGCGUCGAUCCACAACUUCAAUAUCAACAACAACCAUCUCAAUGCAUCGUUCGAUUUUGUAGUGAGGUCGUACAAUCCUAACUCCAAAGUCUCUAUUUACUAUGACAAAAUAGAGUCUAGAGUGGAGUAUGAUGACCAAACCCUAGCCUACAAUAUGGUGGAGCCGUUUUUCCAACCUCAUAAAAAUGUGACACGGUUAGAGUUGAAGCUGGCGGCUCAAUCCGUCCCUCUAGUGGGCUCGAUCCCGGCGGAUCUGAGGCUAGAGAAGUCGUCCGGGGAGAUUGAGCUUAAUGUGUGGCUCAAAGCAAGGAUUAGGUUUAAGGUUGGAGCUUGGAAAUCGUCUCAUCGGACUCUGAAGAUCUUUUGUUCACCUGUUUUGGUUCACUUCUCUAGGUCCAAGAACUUUGAGAGGACUGUCUGCGAUGUGGAGCUUUGAUUUUUACAAGGAUUCUCAUGAUUCAUUAAUAUUAUGCCCUUUAGUUUGUUUGUUAUGCGUUUUCGUCUUGUUUUGUUUCCCUGACUAGUACUUUUUUCUCUUUUUAUUUUUUAUUUUUUCCUAAUCCUUGUUGAACCGGCCUGUGUGUGAUAAUUAUUUGUUUUGUAACAAUAUCGUUUGUGAUUGGUUGUUGGGUUGUAAUAUUUGGUGGCGAAUAGAAAAGGAAGGGUUUUAUGAUAUUUUGGUGGUUCAAUUGAAAA